UAAACGUAUUUUUAUAUUUUAUUCUAUUUGUAAUGAUGAUUUCAGAGGUGGUAAAUGCUGCAAGGAGGCAUCCACUUGAUAAGCUUAUCCUCAAUGGCCCCAAAAAGCUCUUUGUUUUUCGGUGACUCCUAUGCUGACACGGGUAAUUGGCCACCUACAAAUGCUUCAGGGUCUUGGAGGGAACCUUAUGGUAUGACUUUCCCAGGCAAACCUUCCGGCAGAUGGUCCGAUGGUCGCGUUCUCACUGAUUACAUAGCGGCCUAUCUGGGAAUAGGAUCCCCACAACCCUACAAUUUGUGGAAGGGGUAUGCGGAAGCAAAGCAGUAUGGGAUGAAUUUUGCAUACGGAGGGACAGGUGUGUUUGACUACGCAAACGUUGACGGUCCGAACAUGACGACACAAAUAAAUCAUCUGCAACAACUCCUUCAACAAAACGCGUACGCCAAACACGACCUUACAUUGUCCGCAGCUCUUGUCACUUCGGUCGGGAAUGACUACAAGAACUAUCAUGGAGAUAUGCAUCGUAUAAAGGAAUUUGCUAAAUCCGUUACAAAGCAGCUUAGUUUGAACCUUAAACGCAUUCAUGAGAUGGGAGUUCCCAAAGUAGCCGUGACUGCAAUGCAGCCUUUGGGAUGCCUACCCUUGGUAGCUUUUGCAACUGGCAACUACUCAAACUGCGACGAAAGUACAAACAGCUUUACGAGGUUUCACAAUCAAAUAUUAAAACAAAGGGUAGAGGAACUGAACUACCAAACCGUGGGGUCACCCUUUGGUAUUGUCGAUCUCUAUGCGGCCUUCACGUCGGCCUUGAACAUUAAACACGACCAGCAUCCUGGGAAAUCUAGUUUCCCGCGUCCAUUGCAGCCAUGUUGCGAGGGUAAAUGCGGGGUGGUUGAUGAGAGUGGAAAGAAGGAAUACGCAGUGUGCGAUGAUCCAAAAAUGACAUUCUUCUGGGAUAUGGCUCAUCCAUCACAGCAAGGCUGGUUAGCUGUUUAUUCUGCCUUGAAACCUUCUCUUCCCCAUCUCUUUCACUGUCAGCAGGCCACCCCAAUUGUUUAGACAACAAUUUAAUGUUCAAAAUGGUAAU